UGAGUCAGGCUAUAUGAUGCUUCUACUGUCGCUUCCAUUUCAUCAGCACAAAACAUCCAAACAUUUCUCCAUCUUCCAAGCGUGGAUCAAAACAUGACAGGCAUAAAUCAUCUUUGACUUUUACGCGACUUUGAUCCAGGCAGGGAUCAUUUCAACAACACGCCGACUCAUCAUUAGCAACAUCUAAGCCAAAUAGACCGCCUACACGGCGCUGUUUGGUUUGCACCUGUUUGUUUGUUUGUUUGUUUUUUCUGUUGAGACGAAUGUUUUGUUUAUUAUACGGUAUGUUAUGUAAAUAGUUUAUGUCCGUCGUUUCAUCCAGCGGUUUCUAAAGAAGCUUCAAUCCUUUAAAGAUUAUGGAAUCUGCCGUUUGGUAGCUUUGAACCGACCAAACAAAAACAACACCUGAAUAAACAUGGAGGCAAUUUGGCUUUACCAAUUUCGACUGAUUGUUAUUGGGGACUCCACUGUUGGAAAAUCGUGUUUAAUUAGGCGAUUCACAGAAGGCCGCUUCGCACAGGUGUCAGACCCAACAGUCGGGGUAGAUUUUUUCUCUCGCCUGGUGGAGAUUGAACCUGGGAAACGCAUUAAACUGCAGAUUUGGGACACUGCAGGCCAGGAACGCUUCAGGUCUAUUACCAGAGCAUACUACCGUAACUCUGUGGGAGGUCUGCUGCUCUUUGACAUCACCAACCGUCGCUCCUUCCAGAACGUUCACGAGUGGCUAGAAGAGGCACGCAGCCACGUGCAGCCCCACAGCAUCGUCUUCCUGCUGGUCGGCCACAAAUGUGAUCUGGAACCACAGCGUCAGGUGAGCCGGCAAGAGGCCGAGAAACUAGCGGCUGCAUAUGGCAUGCGCUACGUGGAAACUUCAGCACGUGAUGCCAUAAACGUGGAGAGGGCUUUUACAGAGCUAACACGGGAUAUAUUCGAGCUGGUGAAGAGUGGGGAGAUCACCAUCCAGGAAGGUUGGGAGGGAGUGAAGAGUGGGUUUGUACCGAACGUGGUGCAUUCGUCAGAAGAAGUGACAAAGGGUGAUCGCCGGUGUUUCUGCUGAGUCAGUAAUCACCACCCUGGUACCUAUCAAACAUUUGGGCCCUGGUGGACAAAAAAACCCUGCUUCCUCCAAUCACAGGGUCAGUCUUCAACUCCCUGAUUAUGACAUCAUCACCCCUUUCCUGCCUGCUGAAUGCCUAAAUGAGUCCCACCAUGCCAUAUUGCUUCACUUUCUAUACUACUUUGCUCAUUUCCCGAAUCACACAAUCUUGUAAAUGGCCAAAUUGAACUGCUAAGAAUGAAACGUUAUUGCAGAACUCCUGCUGAAAGGCAGGUCAGAACUCUAUCUGCACUUUGUAACAUCUCUCAUUCAUUCUGUUCAGCCACGAAAGUUAAGACUUCCCAAAUGAAGAUGCUCUGGCUUUGGACAUCUCCCGUAUCGAGAAUAAGCUUGUUCCAGGUGUCUUCUACUGGUUGUGUCAUGGGGCAGAUAACCGACUAACACAAGUUUUACUUGCUGACUUUAACGAUGAAUGAUGGGAUAUGCGUUUCUGUUGACUCAAAGAUUUCAAGACUUGAAACAUUUGACUGCUGAAGGUGUCAAGUGUCUGAUUAUUUUAGUAAAGACAAAGGGAAGGAGACAUACUGCAAUAUACUACAUGAAUUUCCAGACUGAAAAAACACAAUCUGUAAUGAUUCCCAUAUGAACAAAACUAGAUUUUCAAUUGUAAUUGAAAUGGUGCGAGAUACACGUCAAGUGAUAUGAUAAUCCAUCAUGUCACCCAGGAGGUUCAUUUUAUGAUCUAAUACAGAGAUUCAUAAGAAACUACUGAAAGUACAUCCAUGAGGCCCAGAUGGAUUAAUAAACAUGCAUUACUUUACAAAUAUUAACAUUUCACUUAUCACACAUUACCACAAGAGGCCUCUGGUGCUCACCAGAAUUACAAGGAAAUCUUAAUCAGUUGUACUUAAGUACAUCUUUUACACCUUUUAUCCCAAAGAGUGUUUCUGAUGUUACAGCUUGUGAUUGUACUAUCUAAUGUGAAAAAAGCAAGCUCUUCCUAUAGGUUUUCUAAUCGCCCAGCGAGGACCAUUGAACUUGUACACAUUCACACAAGAUAUCUGUAUCUAUAGAGCUUGCAUUGCCAUGUAUUUAACCCUUACUUUAUUCAUCUAUAACAUCUUUACUUUUUUAAAUGACUUGCUCUUCACUCUUCACAAAUAUAUCCAUAGUCGCUUUCUCGAAUCUGACUGGAGAAGAUGUGUCGAUACUGUCCAUAAUAGUGCACAAUUGGCUGAGUAGUUAAUCUGUCACAUUAUUGGAUAACAUGAAGCCAUUUCAAAACAUGGCUGAGAAGGGGUCUCAGGUAAGAACCAGAGGUGUUUGGAUUGGGUGGACCACUUGCUCGCUCUGUAAGCUUUUUGUGGCUGAUGUGGAUUUGCAAGGACUGGCUGUACAAACACUACUGUUUCAGUGAAUUUGAGACACCCUGUACCUCUUCAUCAAGGGAACUUGAAAUGUACUACAGAUUAAAAUAACAUGAUAAAAAUG